AUGGAUAUACCACCAAGUUUGCCACCGAAACCAGAAAAAGUGUCUUCAAAUGGGAAGCAAUCAGCUGGAAUUUUUGUACCUGGUGCUUUACAAAGACCUUUAGUGCUUCUUCCAAUCGGAAAACUUCAAGAAUUUGAAGCAUCGAUGGAGUUGAUGAGAGGAUACUUGAGCAACUUGGAUAGAUUCAAAGCUAUUCAAAAAGAUCAAACAAAGUUGAUUGAGCAGCAGAUAAAUAGACUAGAGGUAUUGCUUCGAGAAUUCCUGUGGUUGAAUAGUGAGAAUAGUGAAAAAAAUGUAAUCAAUCUAAAACUACAGGAACUCCACUUAUUGGAGAAGCAAUAUCGAACAUUGGAAGCCACAAUGUUCCAGAAAUUACAGAAUUAUCAGGUUAAUCAUAAUGAUGUGUUGCGCAGGAAGCUUGAAAGUGGGAUCAAAGAAGAAGACCAAUUGAGCCAGAUUUUGGUAGAAAGUGUGGUGAAUGAUGACAAUGUAGCGCAGUUUGUGGAAGGAUACCAAAAAACAAGAACCAGAUAUCACUAUCGAUCAGAAGUUCUAAAAAGGUUACAAGAAGAUCGAAUUGGAGGUGUUCUAUAA